GUCCUCGUUGCUAUGGUACAAAACACAAAAUUUACUGCGCGGAAAUGGCAGGGAUCAAGGAUUCACCAAGGAUUUAUUUUUGAUAGCAUGGUACGGAGGGGAAAGCCGCACAAGGUCAAAACGGUCAACGUCAUCUUAACUUUCAAAGCUUCAGGAUUUCGACGACGUUGAACAACAGCAUCUCACAACGUUUACAAUAAUACCAACCAACAAAACAAUACAUAUCAGUCACCAUGUUUCGAUUUCACAAAACGCUCGAUGUCAUCACUCUCUUUCACAAGGCAAGCUCUCCAGCUUCAGUAAGAGUCCAUACUCUUUUGAAGCAAGCCUCUGCCAAUGCUGCCGAAUCCGCGACAGAGGACCAAGCUAGCGACCACUCUGCCCAAACCAGCCCAAAGAGACAAGAGUUCGAAUUGGAAGUCACCGAAUCUGCACCUACCCCAGAUCAACUUAAGAGCAUUCUGGAAUACAUAGGUGUAUCAAAGGUGGGCAGUAUUGUUACAGGUGCAAAGGAUGAAGCAGAUGCCGUAAGGAAGAUCAAAGCCAAUGACGAUAGCUUCCAAAGACCUCUGACUGUGGAUUGGAGCAAUGGAAAAGCCGUUGCUGGAGACAGUAAAUCUGAGAUAUUGACGAUGCUUAAUGCUCUUUCUAAAAACUAGUCUUUGCAUUGCAUUGUUUGCGUUGUACAUCAUCUUAAAAGUUUACAAUACCAAUUUCACAAUAUCAAUUUGUUUAAUCGCAUCAACUACUGAAGCCUUCCCGCAUGACUGGGUAAUGUGACAUAUGGGAGUGAAUAGAUGGUUUGGAGCUGGACGGAAAAUAAGUCUAGUGGUUUAUGCUGGGACGGUCACGAUAACUUGAAGGGAUUUAUUAAAUAUCAAGAUUCGAGACGGCAGUUGUAAAAUCAAGAAGUAUGUCCCCUUAGUACUUGUUCGUCAUUCCAUGCAGUCCACCACGUACAGUUUCAAACAGAGCAUUCUUCCAAUGGAGCUUUUCUUUCUCGUGUUUGAGUUCAGUACAGGGAAGACGGAAGAUGGAAGAUAGAAGAAGAUGGAAGAAUGGAAAAAUCGUAGGCCGAAAGGGCAAAACGACUCAAAAACGAAGGGACGAAACCCUAUUGUUAGAGUUUUCACAGUGUGCGAUGUGGCUCCUUCCUUUCGUUAUCCAUCAGUCUGAAUGGAUAUGUAGGUACGAUGCGGUAUGAUAAAGCUGGCCUCAGAUCAUGCCAAUGACAUGAAGAUCAUGAGCUAUAAAAUGGAAUUUCCAAUCACAUCACACAUAUUAUACACAUUGGUCACCUGGGCACUCGUCAUGAAGUUCUACAAAAGAUAAUAGAUAGCACUUGUGGUUCUUAGCGUUCAUCUAGGAGGUGAAUUAGGUGAAUUAGUACGGUAGAGA